UGGAGUACUGAGCAAUGCCAAAUCUUUGUGUGGCACACAAUGUUGCUGCUCCAAAAAACUCUUCCGUCCUUCACAGGCAGUUCAGUGUUAUUGGUGCAGCAUAAUGUGUGCAAGUUGAAGAAUCAUGGAAGAUUUGGUUCAGACACCAAAUUUUCUGGGGAUGGAUAUUUCCGGAAGCAUUUGAAAUCAGGAAGGAGAUACUUCUCCAAAAGCAGAGGGCCUUUUGUUUCUUGUUCCCUUGUACCUUCAACUAGUGAGCUAAGCGAUGCACGGGUGAUUUAUUGUGUAGCUCCUGCCAUGGGCCAUAACCAGGAGUCACAUCCGGAAUCUAAUUUUAGGGUUCCUGCAAUUGUGAGUGCUCUGGAAAAGAUGGAACUGUCACCAAUGUUCCGUGGCUCAGAGAUCCUUGAACUUCAUAGUUUCAGUCCUGCUUCAGUGGAAGAUAUAGCAAGUGUUCACACAAAGGCCUAUGUAUCAGGUCUUGAGAAGAGUAUGGAUCAGGCUUCACAGAAAGGAAUUAUUUACAUUGAUGGCUCUGGACCAACAUAUGCUACUGCAACUACUUUCCAAGAAUCACUGCUUGCAGCUGGAGCAGGAAUCACCUUAGUUGAUUCAGUGGUAGCAGCAUCAAAGAGCAGCCAGGACCCACCAAUGGGUUUUGCAUUGAUAAGACCUCCAGGUCAUCAUGCUAUUCCAAAAGGUCCUAUGGGCUUUUGUGUUUUUGGAAAUGUGGCCAUUGCAGCUCGUUAUGCCCAACGCGUACAUGGAUUAAAGCGUGUGUUUAUCAUUGAUUUUGACGUUCAUCAUGGGAAUGGAACAAAUGAUGCAUUCUAUGAUGACCCAGAUAUAUUCUUCCUUUCAACUCAUCAAGUAAGCUACAGUUUUUGGUUCUGGUCAAUUUGGGGUAUUUUAUUUCUCUUGAUGAAUUAUUUAGUUUAAAUCUUCCUGCAAUUUAGUUACUGAUAUAAUA